UUGGUCACUCUCGGUGGUUCACAUUCUCUAGUGGGUCAGCUUCAGUUGUCGUUACAUAUGACGGUGUUCCUUGAAACUUGAAAUGAAUGGCAGUUGAGAGCUGGGACAGAUGAAAGUAUCAGCUGAAUUAGCCUGAGCUCAAAAACCAGAAACAAAAAAAAAAAAAAAAGUUCAAGCCCACUUCCCUAAGCAAUGAUUGCACCAAUUGCAGUAGCUUUAGCAGUGGGUCUUCUGGGAUGGGCUUAUCGGGCAUUGAAGCCUCCACCUCCAAAGAUAUGUGGAUCACCAGGUGGUCCUCCUGUCACUUCAAAUAGAGUGAAACUCAGCGAUGGAAGGCAUUUAGCCUACAGGGAGUCUGGAGUUCCAAAGGAAGAGGCUAAGUUCAAGAUCAUUGUAAUUCAUGGCUUUGACAGCUCAAAAGAUGUGUAUCUACCUAUCUCUCAAGAACUUACGGAGGAGCUGAAGAUGUAUAUCCUGUUCUUUGACAGAGCAGGUUAUGGAGAGAGUGAUCCAUAUCCUUCACGCUCAGUGAAGAGUGAAGCAUUUGAUAUUCAAGAACUAGCUGAUCAAUUGCAAAUUGGGCCUAAAUUUUAUGUAAUGGGAAUGUCAAUGGGAGGUUACCCCGUUUGGAGUUGCCUGAAAUACAUACCACACAGGUUGUCAGGAGUUGCCCUGGUUGUUCCUUUCGUACACUACUGGUGGCCUUGUUUUCCUGCUAAUCUAGCAAGAGAGGCGUUUGGGAGGUUGCCUCCAUCAUUCCAAAGGACAUUUCGAAUUGCACAUCACACCCCUUGGUUAUUCUAUUGGUGGAUGACACAGACAUGGUUCCCUACAUUAAGCAUGGGUACGGCAAACUUAACCAACCAAGAUUUUGAGAUCUUGAAGAGGUUGUCAGAAAUCCCUAGUGUUGGCCAGGAAAAGGUGAAACAGCAAGGUGUUUAUGAAUCGUUGCACCGGGACAUUUUAGCUGGUUAUGCCAAAUGGGAAUUUGAUCCCCUGGACGUAAGCAAUCCAUUCCCUGACAAUGAGGGCUCAGUUCACAUUUGGCAAGGCUACGAAGACAAGAUGAUUCCUUAUCAACUUAACCGAUAUCUUUCAGAGAAGCUUCCAUGGAUUCGUUAUCAUGAGGUUCCGGAUGGAGGGCAUUUAAUGAUCAAUAACAGCAAUGUAUGUGAAACCAUUAUCAGGGCACUUUUGCUUGGCUAAACUCCUUGUUAUUUGGCCAACCAUAUGAUGGUAUCUUCCUCAGUAUGAACUCUCUGAUAUCCAUACUGCUAUUGUGGUAUUGUAAAUAAAUAAAUAAAUAAAAUGUUGUGUGGAAUCAUAUGUAUUGCAAAAAGAAACAACGAAAUCUUAAGGGUAUGUUAGAGAAUGUUUUCAGUUUUCAGAAGAUUGUUUUUUGGGAUGAGAGCUAAAAAAAAUUUCUGUUUUU